AUGCGCGGCGCAUUGAAAGCGUCUGUCUCUGUGCCUCUGUGCACUUUCUGCGAUUCCAACGCUGGUACCAACGGUUCCAGAAGUCCCUCUUCGUCGCAGAACCGGUCCACGUCUUGCAGCCAUUGUUCAUUUCCCGUUAAUUUCGACGCAAGAAACGACAGUAGGCGGCUCAACUACGUCUCAACUCUUGAGGGAUUAAAACUUCCAGGGGUCGUUAGAGCAACUCUUAGUCUUGUCGGGAUCCCUGUCUCCCGGAUAGUUCUUCCUUCAACCCCCGAAACGCAACGAAAAAGACUGAACACUGGCCAUAAGCAGACACCAGUCUCAGUCAGGCGUCUUCUCGCCCUUCUUGUCUGGUCCCUCGCUUGUAUCUCCAUCAACUUCGCAUCGGGGAUAUUCGUCAUACUCCGUGCAAUGAUCGCUUCCCGAAUUCUUAACGUAGCUACUCGACUUGGCCUUGCUCCAUCGUCACAGCAAAACAACCAGACACCUAAGGAAGACGUAUCUUCGCCAACUGUGCUUCAAGACAGACUCGAAAUAGCGAAUCUCGCUAUAAAGCAACUUAAAACCGAGAGCCGUCUUCUUCAGGAGAAACUGAAAGCUGCUGGAGAGAGGAUCUUGAAGCUCGAGGCUAAUCAGGCGGACUAUGCGGCCUUCACCGCACUGCAAGCCAAGUAUAACCGCGUGUCAGCCGAGAUCGUACGCUUAACGAAAGAAAACGACGAGCUGAAGGCGAAUGGCUCUCGCUUGGCGGAUGAGAAUGCUGAGUUACGCCAGUGCUUGGCAAUGAAUGAAGACGAACAAGGUAAUGAAGUGAAACGUCUGAGUAUGCUUGCUCGCUUGCAAAAUCAGUGCCUCGAAUCCUGUAUCUUCCCAAAGGAUGAAGAAAACGCCGAUACCGUCGAAAAGGUGGAGAGAGACGAGACGUCGGAAGACUCCAUUGUUAUCGUCACUGGGAUGGAGGCUCCGAACGACAAGACCACGGACGUUGCGGGAUCAUUUGCAAAUGCUCCGCGCCAACCACCCAAUGAUGACAUUAAACCUGCUACCGUUUCACCGACUACAUCUGACGAACUGUCGUGGAGGACUAGAAAAACGGAGGCGAAUCCAAUUCCUGUGUUCAUAACCAAGAGGCCGUCGCUGCCGCCAAAGGGCUCAAAGCCUCAACUCAAGCCACUUCUUCUCGGAACCCCACCAGCUUCUCGCCGCCACGGCACGAAACGUGGGAUACGCAAACAUAAGCCUGGCGCGAUUCAGGAUUAUACAGAAGCUGGAAAUAUGGCCGAUAAGAAGGAAGAAUGCGCAAACACCGAUGCUGCACUACGGAACCACUCUCUUAAUCCUUGUGCACCAGUGUUCAUGCCGCGUAUAAUUACUCUUUACUCCGGAAUCGCCUCUGCUGCCUCUGAAAACGUACGCAUGACUAUUGACGAGACGAACGCCAUGAAGUCCAGGGGAAAAGGAGCGCUUUCUCCAGCCGUCCCGUUCAUCUGCACCUCUCCUUCCCCCAACUCUCCAUUCAUGCGCCCGCCUCCUGCCCGCCGUCAGUCAGGCGGAACGGCAAACCCGUCAGUCAUCACUACACCGCCCACGCCGAUCACCAGUUCCACCCCAUCCUCGGCUACCUUACCCAACACAAGCACUCAUCCUGCUAUGAAUGCCAACGCGACUCCCAAUCCUAGUGUCAAUUCAAACGCUAAAGCCAUCAUCAAUGCCAGCGUGAACACAAACACGGUAAAAGGCACUCCUCGUAGCACACGCGCCUCUUCCGUCAAGCUCAUUCGUGCACGCGCCGCCCUGCGCAACUCCCAACGGGUUGCAUCCGGUUCCGCCGCUAUACCCCCCUGUUCACCCGCUGGACUCAAGAGAUUCGCGGGUGUUAUUGGCGAUAGGCGGAAUGCCGCAAAGGCUGGCUUCGGUGCUUCUGGUGUCUUCGUUAGUUCUGAGGUUGGAGAUGCUGAGAGUGUAUCGACCAAGAGGAAAGUACAAGGUAAAGCCCGUUUAGCCGGAAAGGGUGUGCCACCGCGCCGUGCAUUUGGCGAGAGGACGAACACGGAGCCUGGUUUGGAGGAGGCUAUUGCGAGGUGGACUAAUAUAGCACGCACUGCCCAAGCUGAAUAUGUUUUGUCAGAACUGAAAAAAGGGGAAGGGCAGUUUGGAAAUGGCAGAAAGGAUAGAAGAAAUGGGACAGAGAGAAACUUGUGCCGAGUGUCAGCUCAAAAGAAAGUAUGGGGGGAAAAGGCAGGAGGAAAUGGAGUGUACGGAGACGUAACUGCAAGUUGA